AUGGUUUCCGCCUCCAAGGAGAAGAGACUCGCAGCCAAGGCUGCCGCUGGCGGCGGUAAGGAGAAGAAGACUGUUGCUUCCCGCUCCAAGGCCAGCUCCAAGGCUGCUUCCCAGAACGUCAGUGCCAACGGCUCAGAGGCCGGCGACGAGAACCCCUCCGAUGUUGAAGAUGUCGCCACCGACGGCAAGAAGAUGGAGAAGGUCAAGCGCCUCGCUGAUCAGAUGGACAAGUUUGGUCUGACCGACAGAGUGACUACUGGUGUCCUCGCCUCCACAAAGGCCAGCAAGGACGUCAAGAUUAUCAGCACCAGUUUGACAUUCCACGGUAGAGAGCUGAUCAAGGACAGCACGCUCGAACUUACCAUGGGCCGAAGAUACGGUCUUCUUGGUGAGAACGGUUGCGGAAAGUCCACUCUCCUCAAGGCCAUCGCCGCCCGCGAAUACCCCAUCCCCGAACACAUCGACAUCUACCUUCUGAAUGAGGGUGCCCCGCCAUCCGACUUUGGUGCCCUCGACUGGGUACUCAACGAGGCGGAGAACGAGAUGAAGCGUCUGGACGAGCUGGCCGAAAAGAUCCUGGAGGAGGAAGGCCCCGAGUCCCCUGUCCUGAUGGAUCUCUACGACCACUUGGACAAGAUGGACCCCUCCACCUUCGCUACUCGUGCCUCUCUCAUUCUGACUGGUCUCGGUUUCAACAAGACCACCAUUAACAAGAAGACAAAGGACAUGUCUGGUGGUUGGCGUAUGCGUGUCGCUCUUGGAAAGGCACUGUUCGUCAAGCCUUCGUUGCUGCUGCUCGACGACCCCACUGCUCACUUGGAUCUCGAGGCCUGCGUGUGGUUGGAGGAGUACAUGAAGAAGUGGGAGCGCACACUCGUCCUGGUUUCUCACUCCGAGGAUUUCCUCAACGGUGUGUGUACCACCAUGAUUGAUAUGCGCGAGAAGAAGCUUCUCUACUACGGAGGUAACUACGAUUCUUAUGACAAGACCCGUAGGGAACAGGAGGUCAACCAGCUCAAGGCCUACGAGAAGCAGCAGGCUGAAAUUGCCCACAUUGACAAGUUCAUUGCCAGUGCCGGUACUUACGCCAACUUGGUCAGACAAGCCAAGUCUCGUGAGAAGCAAAAGGAGAAGAUCCUGGAGAACCUUGUCGAGAAGCCCAAGGUCGACAGAGAGUUCAGAUUCAAGUUCGGUGAUGCCGAUAAGCUUCCUCCGCCCGUGCUUGCUUUCGACGAUGUCACCUUUUCGUACUCUGGUGAAUCCAAGGAUGACCUGUACCGCCACAUUGACCUCGGUUUCGACAUGGACUCGCGAUCCUGCUUGGUCGGACCCAACGGUGUUGGAAAGUCUACCCUGCUCCGACUCAUGACUGGCAAGCUGAGCCCAACUGACGGUUCGGUCCGCCGACACACCCAUUUGAAGCUCGGUUUGUACUCGCAACACAGUGCUGAACAGCUCGACCUGACCAAGAGCGCUUUGGACUUUGUUCGCGACAAGUACCGGGAGAAGUCUCAGGAUAUCGCCUACUGGCGUCAGCAGCUCGGAAGAUACGGUGUCUCUGGUAAUACCCAGACAGCACUGAUGGGAACUCUGUCUGAGGGUCAGAAGUCUCGUAUCGUCUUUGCUCUGUUGGCCAUUGACGGUCCCAACAUGCUUCUGCUCGACGAGCCUACCAACGGUUUGGAUAUUCCCACCAUUGACGCCCUUGCCGAGGCUAUCAAGGAAUUGCUCGACAAGAUUGCAAAGGAGAUUUUGGUGUGCGAGAACAAGACUGUCACCAGGUGGGACGGUACCAUUGGAGAGUACAAGAACUCUCUGCGGAAGAAGAUGAUUGCCAACGGUUCCGUUUAA